CUCAUUGGCCACCUGUUGCCACGAAGGAAGGCUAUACAACUGUCUGUAGCUGUUAGCAUGCUACUGAAAGCCUGUAAAGCCAGCAGCCCAGUGUCAGCGGUCCCCGCGCUUCAACCUGGACUCUCCAGAUGGAGAAGGACCUGACCGUCUGUCACCUCAGUCCUCCUGUUCCUCCGGUACAACCCUAGUGUUAGCGUUAAACCCGGAGGACGCAUCGGCUUCAGACACCGAAGCUUCAACUGGACCAGUAGACCUCGUGCACAGUCACUUUCCUCUCUGUGUCUCUUCCGUUGUUGAGCAGCAUGACUUGGUUUACAUUUCCUGCUGACAUGCUGUGCAGGUGUCUUGGCAUCUCCAUCACUGUGUGGUUGACUAUUCUGAUUGUCUUCAUAAUUGUGCCAGCUGUGCUUGGAGUUUCUCUUGGUAUCCGCAGACUCUACAUGAGGACACUUCUCAAGAUCUUUGAGUGGGCCACCUCACGUAUGGAGAUGGGAGCAAAGGAAAAGAAUCAUCAACUCUAUAAACCAUAUAGUUACGGAAUCAUAGCCAAAGAACCCCCAUUGUGUUGGCAGCAAGGGAUCCAGGAGCUGCGGGGUUCUGCCAGCUGUCUGCGCUUAGAGCCGGAGUUUGAGAUGGCUGACAUCUUCUACUUCUGCCGGAGAGGUGUGGAGAGCAUAGUGGAUGAUGAGGUGACCAAGCGCUUUUCGGCUCAGGAACUUGAGAGCUGGAAUUUGCUGACUCGAAGCAACUACAACUUCCGUCAUAUAAGUCUGAGACUUACUGUCCUGUGGGGCCUUGGAGUCCUUAUCCGCUAUGGCAUCCUGUUGCCUCUCAGAGUUACUCUGGCAGUCACUGGCAUUGGUCUGCUUAUAGUCCUGACUACUGUGGUGGGCUUUUUACCAAAUAGAAAAUUAAGGUUCUUCCUGAGUGAGAAGGCUCAUCUGAUGUGCUAUCGCAUCUGUGUUAGAGCUCUCACAGCAAUCAUCACCUAUCAUAACAGAGAGAACAAACCAAAGAAUGGCUGUAUCUGUGUGGCCAAUCACACAACACCCAUUGAUGUCAUCAUCUUGGCCAAUGAUGGCUGCUACUCUUUGGUCGGCCAGGUGCAAGGAGGGUUGAUGGGAAUGAUGCAGCGAGCCAUGGUCAAAUCUUCUCCUCACAUCUGGUUCGAAAGAUCAGAAGUCAAAGACAGACACCUAGUGGCCAAAAGGCUUGGUGAUCACGUUGCUGACAAAACCAAACAGCCCAUCCUGAUCUUCCCUGAGGGUACGUGCAUUAACAACACAUCAGUGAUGAUGUUCAAAAAAGGUAGCUUUGAAAUUGGCUGCACCGUCUAUCCAGUGGCUAUCAAGUAUGAUCCACAGUUCGGGGAUGCUUUCUGGAACAGCAGUAAGUUUGGCAUGGUGAAUUAUCUGCUGAGGAUGAUGAGCAGCUGGGCCAUUGUCUGCAGCGUUUGGUAUUUGCCGCCUAUGAACAUAGAGGUGAAACUCUUUGUCACAACCUUACAAAGAAAUAUAUGGAGCAUUACCGAAGAAGGGGAGGAUGCGGUGCAGUUUGCCAACAGAGUGAAAGCAGCCAUAGCUGCACAAGGAGGGUUAACGGAUCUCAUUUGGGACGGAGGGCUGAAACGAGAAAAAGUGAAAGAUGCUUUUAAAGAGGAGCAGCAGAAACUUUACAGUAAAGUUCUUGUGGGUGAGCAGGACCAGGGGGACCACAGCGACACCAAACAUUUAGAGGAUGAAAAUCCAGAGGAUGAUAAAAACAAUCAAGAUUCAACAGAAAGACAAUGAGGACACAGUGAAUAUGUUGCAGUGGGUAUUUUCCUUUUACAAAACGUGCAGACUUGUAACAAAAAAAAAGAUUUUAUGUUUUGAUAUUUAUGUUUCUUUCAGUGUAAAAAUAUAUAUUUGUGUAUAUUGUUUGUAUGAUGUGAAAUUAGGAGAAUGGUUAUACUUACUGUUUGACGGAUCUGUACUGUAAGAGAUUGUAGCAAUGCUAAGAGGUGACUUUGUCUUUUCUUAACUUAUUGUUCCUAUAGUGACCUCAAUUCAUUCUGCUUCCUUUUAUUGAACUUGUUGUAUGUCUGAUUAAAACAUUCUCCUCUAAAAACACUGA